AUGGCAUUAAAAUACGAACUUGAACAGUGGGGCGCAGCCGUAGAAGCCUACGACGCGCAAAACUAUGAAAACGCGUUGAGGCUAUUUGAGACUAUUGCAGAAUCGGCCAAAUUUCAUUUUAACAUGGGAUUAAUUUACGCGACUCUAGGAGAACACGAGGCAGCGUGUUUAUCAUUUAAGCAGGCCAUCGAAUGUGAUCAAUACUUUGCUGUCGCAUAUUUCCAAAAAGGUGUUUCACAUUUUUUAUUACAACAAUUUGAAAUGGCACUUCGAUGUUUCGAUGAUGCAUUACGAUAUCUCCGCGGUAACAUCUUGAUCGACUAUGAACAACUCGGGCUAAAAUUCCGAUUGUACUCAUGUGAAGUGUUAUUCAAUCGAGGUCUAUGUUAUUUGUAUUUCGGAGAAUUGGACAACGGGAUGAGAGAUCUCUAUGCCGCUUCAAAGGAAAAAGAAACGGAAGAUCACCAGGUUAUCGAUGAGGCUAUUCAAACUCAAGGCCAGGGAUUCGCGGUCUUUUCUAUUCCCGUCGGGAUAAUAUACCGUCCAUCAGAGGUUAAACUAAAAAAUGUCAAAGUAAAAGAUUAUCUCGGAAAGGCGAAAUUAGUCGCCGCCGUUGACCCAGAGGACGCGUUUACUGGAUUCACGGGUGCACAAAAGAAGCAAACUGCCCAAUCCAAUACCACCACGCCAAUAAAACAGAAUAAAACUGACGGAAAAGUAGAUAAUAUUGGUGGAAAUGCUUUUCUUCGGCCUGGAUCUUUAUCGAGCGAUCCGAGAAAAGCGCCGUUUCCGGUUGUCGGGAAUCUUGGCAGAGAUCCCAGUUUUCAAAGAGAUCAACUAAAUUCUCCUACGAUACCGUCAAUUCUUGAGAGAACGAAUUCCACUCGAACUCUAAGGGAAAGAAAUCCAGCAGAUCCUUCGCCAGAUGCAAAUUCCUAUUAUGCUACAUCAUCUCGAUCAAAAAAACCUGAUGAUCUUUUAAUACGUUCAAAUUCGUUUGACAAUGGACGGCCAUCACGUUCAAAUACAUAUGACAAUGGACGGCCAUCACCAAAAUUUACUUCUAUGCUACAACGUCAGAAUUCGCUAAGGAAUAUAGACACAACUAAUCAAGAGAAUUCACGGCCAUUAAGACGAGAGAAUUCCUUACGAACAAAUGCUCUUAAUGAUCGGUCAGACUCGCGUGAUAGACCUCAGGUUUUCCCACAACGAGCGAAUACUCAAAUGCGUACACAAUUUCUACAGAGACAGCUCAAAGCAAACAUAUCCAAUUAUGGUGCUCCUCCACAACAACAAUUGCCACCACCACCAACACAACAUUUACAGUCACCAACAAUACCUCCUAUAGAUUCUUUAUUCAGUAAUGAAGAUCUUAGAAUUGAAAGUUUUAAUCAAUUGUAUGAUUUCAUGUUAAACAAUGAUGAUUAUGAUUUAGAUGUUGGAGUAAAUUAUAACUCUCCAAUUUUAAAUGGUAAUAGUAGCAAUCUUCGAGGUACAAACGGCGGCGACUCAUCAUCACGGACUCCAAGUUUUCGCGGACGUGCAUCCCCUCUUCCCACGGCCAAUAAUGCCCCGCAAGAACGAGGAGUUGCUUAUAAACCUUCUACAUUGCAAAACGAUCGUGGUAUGCUUUCGGCGAGUCCUGAACCUAUUUCUUAUGCCAGUCUAAUAUUUAACAAAGAUGGAGAUAAAUUUUUAUAUAAUGAGGAUGAGACACAAUUCGAAAUACUUGCACCUCCAUCACAGCAACAAAAAUCUCCAUCGACAUCGUCCAAUUCAUCUAGUUCAAAUUCUGUGCAAUCGCAAUCACAAGAAUCACCCGUACCUAUUGAAAAGUUGAAAGUAAAAUGUUAUUAUAAGGACACACGAGUUAUUCUUGUUCCGGCGUCAAUAAAGUUCAAUGAGCUCACACAAAGAAUUCAAGAAAAAUUUUCUUCCUCUACACCGCUCCUCUUUAAAUAUAAGGAUGAGGAGGGUGAAAUGGUUAUGUUGACUGAUCAAGAAGAUUUAGAAAUGGUUAUUGAACUGAUUUCUAGUACAACCAGUGAUAAAAUUGGUAGAAUGGAGUUAUGGGUAGUCGAUCCUUAA